AAUGAUCAUCUUUAAUACUCUGCUGCUCAGUCUGUUAGUGUGUGCACCACAAUGGCAGCAGCCAUUGAUUCAAUCAGUUGUUCAAUAUGUCUGGAUCUACUGAAGGAUCCGGUGACUAUUCCCUGUGGACACAGCUACUGUAUGGGCUGUAUUAAGGACUGCUGGGAUCAGGAUUAUGUGAUGGGUUUUCUGAUCAGCUGCCCUCAGUGCAGACAGACCUUCAUCCCAAGGCCGGUUCUAAAGAAAAGCACCAUGCUAGCAGAAUUGGUGGAGAAUCUGAAGAAGACAGGACUCCAAGCUGCUACCCCUGCUCACCAUUAUGCUGGACCUGAAGAUGUAGCGUGUGAUGUCUGCACUGGGAGAAAACUCAAAGCGGUCAAGUCCUGUCUGGUGUGUCUGGCAUCUUACUGUGAGACUCACCUCCAGCCUCACUAUGAAUCUCCUACCUUUAAGAAGCACAAGCUGGUCAAAGCCUCCACACAACUAGAGGAGAAGAUCUGCUCUCAUCAUGACAAACUGGUGGAGAUUUACUGCCGUACCGAUCAGCAGUUUAUCUGUUAUCUGUGUACAAUGGAUGAACAUAAAGACCAUGAUACAGUCUCAGCUGAAUCAGAAAGGACUGAGAGACAGAGUCAACUGGGAGAGAAACAGAAGGAAACCAAACAGAGAAUCCAGAAGAGACAGAAAGAGAUGCAGGAUGUGAGACAGGCUGUGAAGUCACUCAGGCGCUCUGCACAAGCAGCAGUGGGGGACAGUGAGAGGAUCUUUACCGAGGUGAUCCACUCCAUUGAGAGAAAGUGCUCUGAGGUGAAAGAGCUGAUCAGAGCCCAGGAGAAGGCUGAAGUGAGUCAAGCAAAAGGACUGCUGAAGCAACUGGACCAGGAGAUGGCUGAGCUGAGGAGGAGAGAGGCCGAGUUGGAGCAGCUCUCACACACAGAAGGCAACAUUCAAUUCCUCCAGAGUUUCCAGUCUCUCUGUGUCCCUCCUCGAUCUGAACACUUACUCAGCAUCACUGUCAACCAACACAUCUUCUUUGAGGAUGUAAGGAAAUCAGUCGCUGAGUUAAAAAGCCAAUUAGGAAAAAURUGCUCUGGGGAAAUUGCCAAGAUCUCUGUAAAAGUGACAAAAGUCCACAUUGUUCCACCUUCUGAGCCCCGUUGUCUUCCGUCAUUUGGCACAACUCAGUCUGGACUGUCAGUUGGAGGACUAGCAUCACAUGGGAAUGAUACCACCUGUCAGAAGACAAGGCCUGAACCCAAGACCAGAGAAGAGUUCUUAGAAUAUUACUGUCAGCUCACAUUGGAUCCCAACACGGCAUUUAACUGUCUGUGUCUGUCUGAGGGGAACAGAAAGGUGACACGGCGUUAUAAGGACCAGCUUUAUCCUGCCCAUUCAGACAGAUUUACCACCUACCCCCAGGUGUUGUGUGGAGAGGGUCUGUCUGGAGCCUGCUACUGGGAGGUGGAGUGGAGCGGGGACUGGGUUGAUAUAGCUGUCUCAUAUAAAGGGAUCAGCAGGAGAGGACCUGAUGAGGGUUUGUUUAGAAGCAGUAAACAGGCCUGGUGUUUGGAGUGUGAUGCUUCUGGUUGCUCUUUCUAUCACAAUGAUAAACAGAUUGUCAUACCUGUCUCCUGUUCCACCAGAGUAGGAGUGUAUCUGGACCACAGUGCAGGAACUCUGUCUUUCUACAGCAUCUCUGACACAAUGACCCUCCUCUGCAGAGUCCAAACCACUUUCACUCAGCCCCUCUAUCCUGGGUUCACUGUCUCUAGAACUGUGAAUAUACUGAAACCGAACAAGAUUAUUAUAGCAAACUAAAACAAAAACGAAUCUUGAAAAAAACGAUUUAGUAAACUGAAAUAAAAUAAAACAAAUUGUA